AUGAUUCUCGAUGGAGUGACACCGCAACACGACCGGACCGACUCCGAGUCUGGUUAUAAUGAGAAAAAGAUGGAGCAGGAUAUGGCUCCUCAGUAUCAGGAUGCCUUUGGUGACGAGGAAGGCGCGGAGGUCAAAUAUAAGACUAUGAAGUGGUGGCAGACCGGCAUGUUCAUGAUCGCUGAAUCCGUCUCCUUGGGUGUGUUGUCUUUGCCUAAAACUUUGGCCGAGCUGGGUCUCGCGCCUGCUCUUGUCCUCAUCAUUGGACUGGGCAUUCUCGCUACAUACACUGGUUACACAAUCCACCAAUUCCGCGCGCGGUACCCCCACAUUCAGAAUUUGGCCGACGCUGGUGAGGUCUUAUUCGGUGCUUUUGGACGUGAGCUGUUCGGUCUUGGCCAAUUGCUCUUCUCGAUUUUCAUUAUGGGUAGUCACAUCUUGACUUUCAGUGUUAUGAUGAACACUGUCACCGAGCACGGCACUUGCACCAUGGUUUUCACCACUGUUGGAUUCCUGAUCUGCUUCGUUUGCUCUCUGCCCCGUACUAUGAAGAAUAUGACUUACAUUUCGUGCAUGUCCUUCUGCAGUAUCCUGACUGCCGUGAUCAUCACCAUGGUCGCGGUUGGUGUCCAGAACCAGGGUGGUGUGGACCUUAAGGCCACCAUUGAUACCGAUCUGUUCCGCGCUUUCAGCGCUGUCACCAACAUUGUGUUUGCUUACUGCGCUCACGUUGCCUUCUUCGGUCUACUCGCUGAGAUGGAAGAGCCCCGGGAUUUCCCCAAGGCUUUGAUUAUGCUCCAGACUUUCGAGAUUGUCUUUUACACCGUUGCUGCCGUGGUUAUUUACUACUACGUUGGUCAGGAGGUCACUUCUCCCGCUCUUGGAUCUGCCGGUCCCGUGCUGAAGAAAGUUGCAUAUGGAAUAGCCAUUCCUACUAUUAUUGGUGCUGGUGUCGUCAACGGCCACAUCGGUCUCAAGUACAUUUACGUCCGCAUGUUCCGCGGCACUGACCGCAUGCAAAAGCGUGACGCAGUUGCCAUUGGCUCUUGGGUUGGUAUUGCUCUUACUUGCUGGGUCAUUGCCUGGAUCAUUGCCGAUGCCAUUCCCGUUUUCAGCGAUCUGCUGAGCCUUAUUAGCUCCCUGUUUGCUAGUUGGUUCAGUUACGGUCUUGGUGGUGUGUACUGGCUGCACAUCAACAAGGGCAAGUGGUUCUCUUCUCCUCGGAAGAUCGCACUCACCAUUUUGAACUUUUUGAUCAUCUUGAUUGGUGCUUGCAUGUGCGGUCUUGGCCUUUACGUCUCUGGUAAGGCUAUCCAUGACGAUGCCUCCAACAACAGCUUCUCUUGCGCAAGCAAUGCCGAGGUUUAA